AUGGCUCUUAGCGGUAUUGAACUUCCUGUGAUGCAAUGGGACGGCGAAAAUCUCAAGGAAAAUUGGCGACGUUUUAAACAACAUGUCGAAUUAAUGUUCUCUGGACCGCUGAGAUCAAAAAACGAAGCGGAGAAAUGCAGCUACCUACUCAUCUGGGUAGGGCAAAAAGGCAGGGAUAUAUACAACACAUGGUCGGAUAUCUCAGAAACAAACAGAGGUAAAUUAAAAACAUAUUAUGAUCGAUUCGAAAAGCAUGUCAAUCCGAAAGCAAACCCCGUCUUUGCCAGAUAUAAGUUUCAUAACAAAAUACAAGGCCCCACCGAGCCAGUAGAGGAAUUCACAACAGAGUUACAACUCCUAGCCCAAGAUUGUGAGUUCCACGACCAAAAUGAAAUGGUUAGAGACCGAAUUGUGUUUGGGACAAAUUCAAACAAAGUGAGGGAAAAACUUAUAAUGGAAGGGGCAGAACUCACGCUAGAAAAAGCUAUACAAAUCGCAAGAACCUAUGAAAAAACCCAAGCCCAACUCAAAAGCAUGUCUCCUGAAAACAAGGAAGAAAGCAUUCACUUAGUCAGACAGCAAAACCAAGGCAGUCAAUCUCAAAGAUCGAGACAAUCACUUGACCAAAAGUACCCCCAGCAAUCACUUGAACAAAAGUACCCCCAGCAAAUAAGCCAGUGUGGGAACUGUGGGAGAAAACACUACAGAUCAGAGAAAUGUCCAGCAAAAGGGCAAACCUGUUACCUAUGCAACAAGCCCAACCAUUUUGCACAAGUAUGUCGAUCAAAAGGGAGGCGGAGCCAAAUACACCCUAUCGAGAAGGUAGAAUGUGACCCCUCAAUGACCCAAUUUGAAACUCUAACUUUUGAAUCAAUUACUGUAGCUAAUGUUAACCACCAAAAUUUGAAGGCAGACGAAGUGUUUGCAGAGGUGGGCAUCCACCUAGAUCCAAAGCCCAAAGCAACAGUCAAGGCUUCCCUACAAACACACGCAAAGGCAUCACUGAAAGCCAAAGUCGAUACUGGUGCCCAAGGGAAUAUACUCCCCCUAAGAUUAUACCGGGCGAUGUACCCCUGCAAAAUUGAUCUGAAGGGCAACCCCAAGAAAGGAGCUACAAAACAUUCUAAUACUAUCCUCACAGCAUAUGGGGGAUCCAAGUUACACCACCAUGGCACCGUCACCAUUGAUUGCGAAUUCAAAGGCAAAAGAUCUGCUGCACAGUUCUAUGUCACAGACACACAAGGCCCUGCUAUCAUUGGCCUACCAACGUUGAUUGACCUCAACCUUGUGAAAUUCAAUUGUGCCAUACUCAAACAAGUGUUACACAGCAACACACUAUGGUCCACCACAAGAACCCCUGAGCAACCACCACUAACCACCAGAACCCCCGAACGACCACCAGUACCCAAACCAAUAAAGAGCAAAGAAGAUUUGAUAGAUCAAUACCCAAACUGUUUUAAUGGCAUAGGAAAAUUCGAAGGAGAAUACCACAUAACCACCGACCCAUCAGUCCCACCUGUUAUCCACCCUCCGCGACGAGUUCCAAUCAGUCUGAAAGAUGACAUUAAGAAAGAACUAGACGAGAUGGUUGCAAAUGGUAUCAUAACUAAAAUAAACGAAGGAGAGCCCACAAGAUGGGUAAACAGUCUUGUCUACAAGAGGAAACAGAAUGGACGAUUGCGUUUAUGCCUAGACCCCAAAGACCUAAACACAGCUAUCUUAAGAGAACAUCACGCCAUUCCUACCUUGGAAGAAAUUUUACCAAAAUUACACAAAGCAAAGUUCUUCUCAAUAGUCGAUGCAAAGUGUGGCUAUUGGAAUGUGGUACUUGAUGAAGAAUCAAGCUAUUUAGCUACCUUUAACUCCCCAUUUGGCAGGUACCGUUUCAAGCGUAUGCCCUUUGGGCUGAACAUGUCACAAGACAUCUUCCAAGCAAAGAUCGACCAAACAUUCGAAGGAUGUAGAGGCGUUGUGGGUAUCGCAGAUGAUAUUGUUAUCUCUGGCACAACAGAAGAAGAACACGACCAAAAUCUACGAAGCAUGAUGAGCCGGUGCCAAGACACAGGUCUGAGACUAAACCCUGACAAAUGCCACAUAAAGCAAGAGAAAAUAAAGUUUUAUGGGCUUAUCUGCGGUCCAGAAGGAAUUCAACCAGACCCUGACAAAGUGUCCGCCCUGAAGCAGAUGGCCCCACCGACCAACAGCAAAGAACUACAGACAUUCUUGGGUCUGGCCACCUAUAUGGCACCAUUCAUCCCGAAUCUCAGUCACCACACUGCCUCACUGCGACAGCUACUCAAGAAGGAGAGCAAGUUUGCCUGGGACGCAAGCCAACAGGAUGUGUUUGACAGGAUCAAGAAUUUAAUUUCUGAAGAAGUUACACUAACAUACUUCGACCCAGAGAAAGAGACAGUACUGCAAGUUGACGCAUCAACAAAAGGCCUGGGAGCUACACUCUUGCAAGAAGACAAGCCAGUCGCCUUUGCCAGUAAAGCUUUAACUGACGUAGAAUCACGAUACGCAAACAUCGAAAGAGAACUCUUAGCAGUUGUAUACGGAUGCGAGAAAUUCCACACUUAUCUCUACGGCCGCAGUUUUACAGUCCAAUCUGAUCAUAAACCCCUUGAAUCUAUCCACCUUAAGCACCUCACAUCAGCCCCACCCCGCCUGCAACGGAUAUUGUUGCGCCUACAGCCGUACAGCCUUACAAUCAAGUACCGUCAAGGAGCAGAUAUGGAAAUCGCAGAUGCCCUAUCAAGACUUUCGCCCCAGGAAACAGAGCCCAUCUCUGACAUGGACGUCCAAAUACAUGAAAUCUGUCCACAAUUUAGUAGUGGGAUUCUGCAGGAGAUCCGUGUGGCAAGUGCAACAGAUACGGAGCUUAAAGAAUUAAAUGAUGUGGUUUACAAUGGAUGGCCAACGAACAUAAAGCAGGUUCCAGAAAUCCUCAAACCCUAUUGGACCUUUCGUGAUGAGAUCACCACCGAAGAUGGUAUAGCAAUGAAAGGCCAACGUAUUAUCAUCCCCCAUAGUAUGCAGAGCAUGAUACUUACGAAGCUUCACGCAGGUCAUCAAGGGUCCGAAAAAACUAAAUUAAGAGCACGAACAUCGGUUUACUGGAGAGGAAUGAACAGUGACAUUGAGAAGUCGUGCAAAUCGUGCAAUACAUGUCAAGAAAUGCAGAACAGUCAACCCAAAGAGCCACUUAUCCAGACAGAGGUACCGCCAGGUCCAUGGCAUACCAUCGGCACGGACUUAUUUUACCUAGACGGAGCGGAAUACUUAUUGGUCGCUGACUACUACUCAAAAUACCAGUUCGUGCGAGAGGUACCAAAAGGGAAGAGCAGCAGUAGGACAAUCGCGAAUUUAACGAAAGAAAUUUUCAGCGAACAAGGAGUACCCAAAAUCGUAAGAUCCGAUAAUGGGCCCCAUUUUGAAGGACAAGCAUAUAAAGAGUUCGCAAAGCAAUAUAAUUUCCAACAUACCACAAGCUCACCACACUACCCCAGAAGCAAUGGGUUUAUUGAGAGCCAAGUCAAGACUACGAAAAAGACAAUGAAAAAAGCAAGAGCAACCAAUACAGACCCACUCAUGGCUUUGUUAUGCUUACGGGCAACUCCAAUCAACAGCACUCUUCCAUCCCCAGCUGAGCUCUUAUUCGGUAGACCAAUCCAAGACAACCUGCCAAAGAAAAUACCGAAAGGAAAAACAACUGAGGAGGUGACUAGCAGAUUAUUACAGCGGCAAGCUACGCAGAAAUACUACCAUGACAGAAAUACAAAACCGCUCCAACCAUUAAAACCUGGUCAAUGCAUAAACAUCCAAGACCCAAUGACACAAACCUGGAAACCCGCAGAGAUAAAAGAGAAAAUUCAAGAAGUACCCCGAUCUUACAUUAUCACGAAACCAGGAGGAGGAGAAAUCAGACGAAAUCGAACACAGAUACGAGAACGCCCACAAGAUCCAAUGGAACAAGCAUAUCAACAACCCUGUGAGAAAACACUAGACAACCACGAAACCCCGUUCCCUAAGAGCACCCAAGAAAGCCACCAAUACACAACGCGUAGCGGCAGAAUAGUAGUACCCCCAACACGUUUAGAUAUGUAG